AUGUCCAGCGGAAACGGCUUUCUCCAUAAUAGUUAUUUAUUCGUUUUUAUUUUAUUCACUUUCAAUCAGUUAGUCUCCAGUUUCUCAUUCGAGCAGUGCAAUGUAACGAGGUCGUGUUGGUUUCACCCUCCAGAAUGUAGUGCAGAUAACACGGCAGCAUGCCAAUCAGGUGUAGAAUGGCAAAUGCUUCCAGAAGGACUAUUUCUACAACUAGAAGCAAAAGUCCACGAUCUGGAUCAAACACGUCCGUUCUAUGCAGCGCUAGGAUUCAGCUUCAAUCAGAGAAUGGAUGAUGAUACAGUUUUCGAAUGUGUUGUUCCGCACACGGGAGACGGAAAAGUGCAAAUUUCGUUUAACGAUGAAACGUUCAAUCAGGUUUUGCCACAGGCGUCAUCAGUACUUUUGACGGAGGGAACCACUUCGUAUAUUGAUGGAGUGCUGACCUGCAGUGCCAAGUUAUUGUUGGACAAUCGACCAUUGAUAAGUAAUGAUAGCCAAUUCAUGGUUCAUGAUCUUGAAACUGGUUCUUAUCAUUUACUUUUUGCAAGAGGAAGUGCCAAUAAGUACACACUCGAAAAGGACAUUCACUCAACGAACGAUGGACAACAAUUUCCAUGGAUGUCCGAUGAACAGGUAUCAUUUUGUCGCACGAAUUGCUCAUCACCGAACCUUUAUCAUAUCGGAGAAAUGAGACAAACUUAUAAUGUAAGCAGAUAUUGGAGAUACAGAAUUGCAGUAUGGCAUGGAAUCCUUCUGAUGUUUGCCUGGUGGGUUUUGGUAUCAAAUGCCAUUCUCAUCAGCCGAUAUUUCAAACCUCUGUUCCCUCGCAACAAACUUCUGGGAACUGCUGUAUGGUUUCAGCUCCAUCGUGAUAUGAUGAUUCUCUCGGUCGUCAUCCAAAUAAUAUGUGUUCUUCUUAUUUUUUAUCAAGCCGGAUGGGUCUGGUAUCAGUGUUCUUACAUGUGCACUUCUGAUGAUUUCUCCAAGAAAAUGCAUGCAAUAACUGGAUUCACUGCAACUGUGUUAGCUCUUCUUCAACCGAUUUUUGGCUUCCUUCGUCCCUCUCCAACAUCCAGUAUUCGUCCAAUUUUCAACUGGGGUCAUUGGUUUAUUGGAAUGUUCUCUUGGUCUGUUGCAUCAGCCACCAUUUUUCUCUCAUUACCAAUGGGCAAAACUGGUUUGAGAAGGGUUUAUGGUCAUGUACCGGAUUGGAUUGCAAUAGGAUACAUGCUUUUCUUUGUUGCUUGUAAUUUAAUUCUAGAGCUGAUUACUGUAACAAGCAGUAAUAACAAAGUUGAAGGAAUCCAGCCUCAUCGAUUUACAGUUGGUCCAAUGGGAAUGGCACUUGCAAAUCUAAACACUCCAAUCAAAGAUGCGCCCAUUGAAAUUCCCAAACGUACAAAAGCCCGUGUCACAAUAGUUUUAGUCCAUUUAGUGGUCAGUUUAUCCGUGAAUGUUGCCUUCGCUGUAAUGCUGUUCCGUGUUCUUUGGUCGCAUUCUCCUUAG